CCCCCAAAACCUGGAAUACGAAAAAAGCAUUGGAUGUCCGAUCUAUCCAAGUUAGUCAACGAUGGGACUGAAAAAUCACUGUAUGUAGGUCUAGUCUGUUCUUAAUGAUAUAUUUCGUGUAUAGUAUAAGAUAGUAGAUUCCUGUGACAGGUGGCAAAAUAAAUGUUAUCUUAUAGUAAAAUUCGAACCUCUAACUUCAUCAAUUUUGGAUAUAAUUAUUAUUUCAUAUUUCAUGAAAUAUGUCUGAAGGUGAAAAGAUUAUACUUGUAACGGGUGGAACUGGAUUAGUUGGUAAAGCUAUUCAAAAUGCCAUUAAAUUAAGUAAAAAUGAAAAUGAGAAAUGGAUAUUUAUUGGCUCUAAAGAUGCAGACUUUGACAAAAGGAGUACAGAGAAAUUGUUUGAAAAACAUAAGCCUACACAUGUUAUUCACUUAGCUGCUAUGGUUGGUGGCUUGUUUUAUAAUAUGGGACACAAUUUAGAUUUUUUGCGUAAGAAUAUUCACAUGAAUGAUAAUGUGUUACAAUUUGCUCAUGAAAAUGGUGUUGUCAAAGUCAUAUCAUGUUUAUCAACUUGCAUAUUUCCUGACAAAACAACAUAUCCUAUUGAUGAAUCUAUGAUUCAUAAUGGUCCACCUCAUCCAUCAAAUUAUGGCUAUAGUUAUGCUAAACGUCUUAUAGAUAUCCAAAAUAAAGGUUAUCAUGAACAAUACGGUAGGAUUUAUACCAGUAUUGUUCCGUGCAAUGUGUUUGGGCCAAAUGAUAAUUUUCAUCCUAGUGCCAGUCAUGUUAUACCAGGUUUAAUGCGCAGGCUUUAUGAUUUGAUAAAAGAUGGAAAUACUGAAGACAAGGUAUUUACCAUAUUAGGUUCUGGAAAGCCACUAAGACAAUUUAUUUACAGUUUAGAUUUAGCUAAGUUAAUAAUAUGGGUGUUGAGAGAGUAUAACUCUGUGGAACCAAUUAUAUUAUCAGUUGACGAAUCCCAAGAAGUUACAAUUUCUCAAGUAGCUGAGACAAUUGCGCAAGCUUUCAAUUUCAAAGGAAAAUUAGUAUAUGAUACAUCUGCUGCUGAUGGACAAUAUAAGAAAACAGCAAGCAAUGCAAAACUACGAAAAUAUUUACCAGAUUUUCAGUUCACACCAUUUAAUCAAGCCAUUAAAGAUACUGUUGAUUGGUACAUACAGAAUUAUGACCUAGCAAGAAAUUAA